AUGAGGAACGUUCUUGUGAGGCUGAAGCGAGCGUUCGAGGACUUACAGGCAGCCAGCAUCAAGGGCUGCAUCAACAAGGCCGACCGUCAACUCUACAAGCGUGCGGAGUACAUCAAGGAGCAGCAAGAGGACGAUGCAAGUGAAAGCGAAAGUGACAGGGCCAGUGACAGCGACAUCGACGAAAGGCUCAGCGUGUGGGAUUGA